UCAAAUCAACAAAAAUAAAUUUUGUUGUUUUCUGACACAUAAAUAAAGACUUCGUUAUCUAAUAUAGUAUGUUGAUGAAUACAAUCUUAUAGUUUUUAUAAUAAAAUGUCUUCUGGCAGUGAUCAAGAAGAAUUCUUUGAUGCUGCUGAUGAAACCCCAUCUCCGCCUAUUCUCUCUGGCGUGGCUCCAAAGGUUGUCACUAUUUCAGAUUUAGAAGAAGAAGAAAGGCGACUUUUACAGUUAAAAAGGCGAGCAGAAGAAAGAAGAAGGAAGGAAGAUGAAGAACUUGACAGGCGACUUAUGCAGCUUCAACAACAGAAGAAGUCUGAAGGCAGUUCUAGGGAGCAAGAAUUUCACCAGUCUGAGCAUGAAGGCAGGAUGAAGAAACUUGAAGAGAUGCGACAAUCCAUCGGCGCAGAGCACUCCUUCUUCUCAUCCUCCAUAGAUUCCUCCUUAGAGAAUGACUCGCCUAACACCUCCACUGACAUUCCAGACCUCUUUGCCUUAUCCAGCGUGCGUUCUGUCACUGCACCCAAGUCCAGAACCAUCGAGAAGAUGGAGAACAACGGCACCCCGAGCAACGCCCACCGGCAGCAUGCCAAGAAGAGAUCGGGUUCUUGGGGAGACUUGCCCAAAAAUGACACGGAGCUAAAAAUAGCUGGGGGCGGAGAAGGAAUCAAUUUCUCUUCCCCAGAUCCAGGCAAUUCUACCAGCAGACAGUCUAGUCAACUGUUGCCUGAGGUCAGAACAGACUCAGAUGUUCCUUGUGGGGCUUUAGAUGUCUCUGUUAAUUCUGAGACUUCUAGACUGAGUGGUUCAAGUAGAGAAGAGAAGUUGAAUGAUAUGGAUCAAAAUAUGGAGAGGUUUCUGCCUGACAAAGAGAAGCAAAACAAAAGUCUGACCUUGUUAAUCAGUGGCAGUAAAGGUAGAGGUGACCUCAAAACAGACAAUGUUGUUGACACCAUCCUCCAGCAGACACAUGUCGAGCAGGACUGCGAGCCAGAUAUUGUUAAAAGCACCAAGUCCAGGACUCCACCCCAGCCAAUGAAAGCGCCUGUGGCACCACCUAGAAAGAAGAAGCCCAAGUGCCAGGCACAAGCACAAUCACAAGGAACAGAUAGCCUAGAGGCGUCUGGAUUUGGAUCACAAGAGUUAACUCCCCCAAUGUUCCUUAGAGGCGAGCCACCAUCACCAAAAUUAAGCAGAAAAGGGAAAGAUAAUGCAUUGGAUGUCAAAAGUUUUUUGGGAGGCAACAAACAUAUUUAUGCCAGUGAUACAGAACAAUUAGGCUCUAGCACAAGCCACCUUCAAGAUAUCAACAUUCCAUCUGGUACUUCAUGCAGUGGGAGCAGCAGCCCUUAUUAUGUCUCAAUCAGUGGCAACAGCAGCCCUAACUAUGCCACAGCAAACAUUGGAUCUGCCGAAACCCUUGACAGUAACCUGGACUCUUUGUCAGUCCAGAUUCAGCAUUGGCAAAGUUUGGGUGACUGUGGCCGUGAAGCUAGUCCUAAUCGUCGACCUAGGUCCCAGUCUGGAAGGCCUUUGUCUGAUGAGGAGAUAUUGGAACUGGUUACCUUGAAAAAUCUGGACACUGGUGAAACCAUUCCACUAAGUGUAGCAGAAGACAAGCUGCCAAAGUGUGUUAACCCUCUUGCUUUGCACAUUAUGAAGAGAACCAAAGAAUACAGCAGUGACACAAGUCUCCACGUGGAUGGUAUCAGUGAUGAGUCUGAUUCCAGAUCAGAAAAAAGUGCUGCCUCCUCCAGUAACACAGUCCGGAGGAAAGGAAUGAAGAUGAAAAAGUUCUUUGGUAAAACAGUGAGCAGAGUGAAGUCUAUGGCAGAUUCUGCUUUACAUAGUGACCCACCAGUUGAAGAAGAAGUCUCAGUAGAUGGCAAAGUUUUUAAGAUCAAAUCAUCCAGCAAAAAUAAAGGGCCCUAUGAUUUCUCUCAACCCAGCUUACUACAAGAACUCAGUGGGGAUCACUCUGGUGCUAUCUGGACCAUGAAGUUCUCUCCCUGUGGGAAACUUUUAGCCACCGGAGGACAAGACAGUAUCCUCAGAAUAUGGGUUUUAAAAUCAACUUAUAGUUAUUUUGAAGACUUCAGACAGAAAUAUGCUGACAUGAGGCUGUCUCCUGCAGUGUCUCAUGACAGUUUGAACUCUGCCUCCUCGUCAGACUUAUUAGCAGCAGCCAAUGAUCCUCUGAAAGAGUUAAACCAGCAGUCAGAUGAUGAUGAAAUCAAUGCGCCUUUCAGGAAAACUCCAUUUUGUGUUUACAAAGGACACACCGCUGACCUCUUAGAUUUAUCUUGGUCAAAGAAUUACUUUAUCCUGUCAUCCUCCAUGGAUAAAACAGUCAGACUGUGGCAUAUAUCACGAAGAGAGUGUCUGUGUACGUUCCAACACAUUGACUUUGUUACAGCUAUUGUCUUUCAUCCAAAGGAUGACCGCUACUUUCUAAGUGGAUCACUGGAUGGCAAGUUGAGGCUGUGGAACAUUCCAGACAAGAAGGUCACUCUUUGGAAUGAGCUUUCUGGAAGCUCCAACCUUAUAACCACUGCAAACUUCUGCUACAACGGAAGAUUGGCUGUUGUUGGUACUUAUGAUGGCAAGUGCAUUUUCUACACUACAGAGCAACUCAAGUACUACACCAUGGUCAAUGUCAGGUCUUCUAGGGGGAAGAAUUCUAAAGGGAGAAAAAUCACAGGCAUUGAGACCAUGCCUGGAGAGGAGAAGAUAUUGAUCACCUCCAAUGACUCGAGGAUUCGUCUUUACAAUCUCAGAGACUUGACAUUAUCCUGCAAGUAUAAAGGAAGCAUGAACAACAGUAGUCAAAUCAGAGCCAGUUUUAGCCCAACUGGCAAGUAUGUUGUGUGUGGCUCUGAAGAUCAUUUCCUGUAUGUCUGGAAAACAAACCAUGAGUUUAUCAAGUUCACUUCUGCUAGAAGAGAUAGAAAUGAUUAUUGGGAGGCUAUGAAAGUUCAUAAUGCAGUAGUGACAGCAGCCAUCUUUGCACCAAAUCCUUCCUUUAUUUUUCGGAUGGCAGAACAACAAAAUCUGGAGCAGAAAGGCCAGCCUAUGUCUGUCGAGGAUGACACAGAAGAGCGUGAGAUAAUUGUGUCAGCAGACUUCACUGGGGUCAUUAAGGUCAUCACAAACAGGCCUAAUAGUCGGAGCAUGUUCUUUUGAUCUCACCAAGAAGAAAAUAAAUAGAAAAAUAUGAACCAAAAACGAAUUUGCCGCAUUGGCCAUGUUACAAUGAAAUCGUUGAACUUGCCAUGUUAUAAUUUACUAUUGUAAAUAUUGUGUACAAAGCAUACUUUGUAUCUAACUUUUCAAUUUUAGGCUAAUACAAGAAGCAAUAUAACAGUACAGAAUCAUUAGAGUCUUCAGUUUAAUGUAUAUUCUCAUAUGUUUGCUACAAUACUUGGAUUUUUUUAACUUUUAGAAUAAUCUUUAAAAUUAUCAUUGUUAUAGCCCUUUAUAGCUACAAAAUUUAUAUCCUUGACCACGCCCCAAAUGGUUACCACAAAUCAUUUGAUGAAGUUCUCAUGAAUUUCUUUAAAUGUGUCUUACACUGUCUACAUCAGCUUUUAUAGUUUCAAUUUAGCCUAAAAAUGUCCUUUUUCAUUUUGAUAUUUUGUUUUGGAGUCAAUGAGCUCAGUGGCAGCAAAUUCAGAAAUAUUUUACAAGUGGAGCCAAUACUUUUGUAAAGCAAUGUGUUGCUUUUUUUUUUAUAUUUACAUUUAUUAAUAAGAGCUCUUAAUGCUAAGCUGUAUUCAAUCAUACAAGUUAUGCAAGAAAAUUUAAUGACGAUCAUUGUUUGAAGGUUAUUUUUUUAAAGGAUACAUUUUUAAAAUUAGAAUGAAAUACACUUCAGUUGUACAACAUCUGUAUAAGUUGGCUGGAGUAUGUCUAGAUUAUCUGGGGUACAAGUCUGGUCUCUAUUUGAAGUUGCGUCUCUGUGGUGAAAGUCUGGUCUCUAGUUGCAGUACUAGCUGGUCUCUAUCUGGGGUACAAGUCUGGUAUUUAUCUGUGAUACAAGUCAGGUAUCUAUCUGGGGUACAAGUCUGGUUUCUAGAGUACUACCAUUGAUUCUAUUAAAAUAAAUUGGUUCACCCAUCUAAAGAUUAGAAUUAAAUCUGAUUGAAUGCCUGCAUUUGUUUCUCCCUGGUUUCAAAUAAGUUCCAUUUAAUCAAGAGAGGUUUUCUUAAAGGCAUAUUGUGAAAGAUUAGAUCAAUGACACAGCACACUUUUGUAAGAUCAGUUAUAAACCAGACUGCUUUGUGGCCUGCAGUAGAAUCAGUUCAUCAUCUCACAACCUUGCCCUUUAGAGCUUGGUGGACCCAGGAACAUCUGCAAAUCAUAGGUACAAGUCCAGUACCUUGAAAACUUUUGACCCUGCAGCAAAGCCUGUUUAGCCAUAAUGCUGCAUUGAUAAAUUAAUAGUUGUUCAUAUGUUUGUAUUUUUGUCAAAGUAGGUAGAUUUUCAACUUUAAAUUAUCUAUAUUUGUUUUUGUUUUUUUAGUAGGUAUUUAUAUAUGUUACCACUUGCUAGUUGUGAAUAGAUUUUAGCUAUAUAUCUGUAUAAUUACAUUGAGUGCCUGAAACAUAUUGUAGAUUUCUUGUAUUACGCAAUUGAUAAUGUACAAUGAACUUUAACCUUCAUGUUCCCUGAUGAUAUGGAUAUGGUCAGUUUUGGGAAAUAGUGGCUUCUGUAUAAUAUUUUGUAUUGAGAGGUACAUUAUGCAUGUUCUACUAUGUUUUUUUUAACGAGGUAACCAAAAAAUCCUACAAUUAACAAAUUUUCAGUUGCUAAAAAUUUUUUUUUUAUUUCAGAUGGGAGAGAGAUUUUAUGAAAGCAUGUUUUUUGUGAAUAUUAUCUUCUGUUUAGAUGUUCAUUCCUCUACACUGAUGUCAGGAUGCUGUUUUUUAUUUGUUUUUACUUGUGAAAUGGUUGACCACAAGCCUUCUCUCUUUCAGCAUACAAAUGUUUAUCUAGACCUACUUCAUAAACAUAACUUAGACAUAGCUCCUCCUGCGGCAUAAAGAUCUGUCAUGGCAAUGUCUGAAGCCUCUUCCCACCUGCUGUUCACUGCUCUGAGGUCCUCCAAGAAUGUGUGAUUCCAUGUUACACAAGGACAUCCCUGUUUGUGCUUUCCUUGUAUUGGCCUCCAUGUCAUUGCAGCUCCUGGUAUGCAGCUAGGAAACCUCAUGCGGUCACAACCUCAUUAAUUGGUUGAGUCCCAGUUUGGUAUAGGAUUUCUUUGUUUGAGACCCAAUCCCUGUAACUGACUCCUAAAAUCUGUCUUAGCCAUUUUUGUUGAGCCACAUAAAAUAGCAUUUUAUAAUUCUCCAAUAGCAAAUCCUUAUGAAUUGAUAGUGUAGCUACUCAUUUUGUUAUUGUGGAAGCUAAAUUGUUUUUAUGUUGAGUGGUUGAGUGGAUGUUACUUGUCAUAAAGAAACCAAUGUUAUUCACUUCUGAAGUUGAUUCAGAGUCUGACUGUGAUGUUUCUAUUUCAGUUGUUGUGUUCUCACACCACUUUUAAUGCCCUUAUACACAAUAACAUUUGCAACAGUUUCUGAUCAAACCAGUCAUGGAUGGAGGUCAAAUUGAAAGUUUUGACUUUGUCUGAAAGCCAAUUGAUUUCUGGUCAUUUUGAUGUAUUAUUAAUAAAUCAGAUACUUCUUGAUCAAUUUUUUUUUUGUGGAUCCAAAUUGUUCAUAAUUAUAAUCAAAUUCAAUCUUACCUUUAUUUAUUUUUAAUUGUACAUUUUGACUUAGUGUUUGAAUUUGUUAGACUGCAUUAUAUUUUUAUAUUCCUUUUAUUUCGGGUAAUUUCAUCUUUUUCUGUAGAUAUUAUUUUGUUUCAUACUGUUUUGCAAGAAAAUAAAUAGAACCAUAGAUUGGGACAAACCUGUAUUUUAAAUUUUGUGAUUAAUUUUUUUUUUUUUGUGAGCUUUGAAGACAAAAAAAAAUAUGCUCCACUUUACCAAUGUAUUACUGUGCAAUAAAUAGAUUCAUUAAUUUAUUGAUUCCUUUUUUUUCUUUCAAUAAGGUGUAUAAGGCUUUUUAUUUUAACCAACUCUUAAUUCUUGUUUAUUAAUAUCUCCUUCAAAGUUUGUGUCUGACAAGUUUUUGAGCAUUUUAUUGAUGAUAUUGUAUAAUCUUUAAAAAUCACAGAUGAGGCUUGAACCGUUGUUUUUUAUUCUAAAUGGGUCCCCAAGGAGUGUGUGACAAUGCUGGCAAUAAAGGCUCUACACACUUUUGGUUAGAACCAUUAGUUUAUUAAAAGUCAACCUCUUAUUCCUCUGGCUAUCUCAUCUGUGUUAUAUCUAUACACUUAGUGGAAAUCACACUUUCUAAUGUUUAAAAAUUAUGUCCAAGCUUAUAAGGCUGAAAUAUAUUUUUAGCUUUAGUUAUUAUUUUAAAUAAAAACUUUAAUUCUGCUACUGAUAAGAAAUUUCAUAAUGGUAGUUAUUUCAUUUCGCUUUUUUUCUGAAAUAACUUCUAUUAUCUUCACCUGUAGCAUAACUCUUGGUCUAAUAAGUUUGCCAUUUAAAAUUAGACAAAUUUUUUUUUUCCAGUGCUUUAUUUGAUGUAGGCUUAAUAAAUUACUGCAAAGAUUGGAAUACAACUGGUUUCAAAAUGAAAUGACCAUCCAUAAAACUAGUUACAUCAUUUAAACUUUGGCAUUAUCAAACGCACUUAUUUCUAACAGCUGCUUUUUUUGUUUCUUUAUCGUCUAUCUUGUCUGUCCAAUGGCUAGAAAUGAGACAUAAAAAGAACAAUAAAUAUAUUGUGAAGUAAAGCGAUCAACAGUAUGAAAAAUGUUUGAUCUGAAUGACUGACUAUUCUUUUCAUCCAUUUACCAGAGACAUUGCAAGCUUCAAGUUCAUUUUCUCAUUCAUCUCUUUUUUUUUUAUGUUGGAAAGAUUUCAUAAGAAUGAAAAAAAUCAAUUAUUUGCCUAUAAAAACUAUGAAAUUAUACUUUUUUUCUGACAUCAAUGAUUUCCAUACAAAAACUAUGAAAUUAUAAUUUUUCUCCAACAUGAAUAUCUAAAUAAAAAUAUAUAUAUUCAUGGCAUUAGAACUGUUAAUUAGUUUUCAUUGCUAUGCAUUGCAUUUUAUUUCUUUCAUUAAUGUAGACUGGCAUUUUGUUUUGUUUAAACUUUCAUAACAGAAAACAAAGUCUAUACUAUACAAAAUUAACUAGUGAAAUCUUGGAUGCAGUUAAUGAUUUCAAAACUGAAAUACUAAGAGCUUUGUUCAAGCAAGUUAUUUGGACAGUUGUAAAAGCAAUUCUUUCUUUUUCUCUUCUCUAUGCAAUAAGUUUAGUUUUUAACAUGGAUGUGAUAACACUAUUUUUGUCCAAUCCAUUUUUAUUUGGGGGGGAUGGGGGAGGUUAAAGGACUUAUAUAAUGGGCUGUCAUUUAUAUUAAUUAAAUUGUUCAUUUACAUGCUUGAAAAAUGACAUAUCGGGACUGUUUAUUUGUGACAAUAUCUGGCCACUGCAACACAAUAGAAUAAUUAUAUUUUUAGCAAUAAAAAGGCAUUGUUUCUAGUCUUUGAAAUGCAAUUUUUCUUUAAAGUUUAUAAUGUCUGUUUAUACAUUUAUCUCUCAUGAACUAUUUAGAAUAAAUAUUGGUCACUUCAUAAAAUAAUAUAAUCUUAACCGAAAGAUAUUAUUUUACUAAGUUUGCCCUUUUUUUAAUUUUGUUAUUUUAUUGAUUUCAACAAAAAUUUACAUUUAAAAUGUUAUUCAUUGUAGCCUAAAUUUAUACCAUUUUGUUUGAAUGUCUUCAGAGUAAAUCUUAUUUUUCACUUCUCCUCUCAGACAAAUUGUAAACUCGAUUUUAUUAUUUCUAUUGUAUUUGGCAGCCUUGAUGACAGGUGACACACUUGUUUACACAUAAUCUUUAUUUCUACUAUAUCUGCUCACAAGUUACACAUAUAUAUUGCCAGAACCCAUGAAACUAAUUAUUUUGUUUACUGCAUUUUUGGUUUCACAUUUUAUGUGUCUUAUGUGACUCAGUUUUCUUAAAAAGACUGUCUUCAAUAUAGAAAAUUCCUUUUUUGGUUUUGUUACAUUCUUCUGCGGUAAAUUCUGCAUCUGAAUCAUGUGUCCAUUGUUAAUUGAGAGAUCUUGCAAAUAAAUCAACUUUAUUUCUUAGAAAUGAUUUUGAAAUGUAAAUUGAAUAAAACAGCGCUUUGUUCCAAACAGCUUUAAAGGAUUUUAGGAAAUGAAUCCUUUUGUUUUUAUUGUGUUAAUAUUAGGCUUCUCUUUUGAAAAAGUUGUUCUUUGUUCUGGAUAGAUGUUAACAUGUAAAUGUGUGAUAACUACUGUGUACUUUAUAUCUCAUACAAUAUUUAUAUUGUGUGUUAUUGACAAGAAAUGUACAAACAAAAUUAUAAACUAUUGUUAAAAUGUAAAAU